AUGUACGAUGUCCUGCGUAGUACGUGGUCAGCAAACUAUCGAUCAGUAUCGGGGAAAAAGACUAGGCGUUUGCGUAAGAAGGAUACCAACAAAGACACACCAAUACCAGAAGAUUCGACACAAAAUCCGAAGCAGUCUAAGCCAGCACAAGAGAAUAAAGAGGACAUUACUCAAACAGAAAGAAAGAAAAAAAGUAGUGCCAAACAAGGGCAAGGGAGUGCUGGAAAGGGUGCUAAGCCACCCGCUUUAAAUCCUGAAGUAGAGAAAGCUGUCGAUAAGUUUGUAAAACAUGCUACCGAGUCUGGCAUUGAUGCUCUUCGUGAGGAGAGCCGCUCUGUAUUGGAAUAUCUACCAGCUCCUGGAACGUGCAAAGAAUUCUCGUCAACGCCGGAUCGUAAUCGUUUUCCUGAAAUUCAAUGUCUCGAUGAAUCUCGUGUGAUACUUGAACAGAGCGAAUCCACAGCGAAUACUUAUAUUCAUGCAAACCGAGUGAAACUGGAAAAGGCGGAUCGUCCGUACAUCUUAACCCAAGGUCCGAAAGAGAACACUAUAGAGGAUUUUUGGCGUAUGAUUUUCCAGGAGCAGUGUGCUGGGGUUGUAAUGUUGUGUAACUACUACGAGGAUGGAAUGCAAAAGUGCGACGAGUUUUUUCCAACGGAAAAUGGUGGCUACAAAUACUAUGGGAAGAUGUUUGUCAACAACAAAAAGGUAGAUCACCUUGAUCAGCAUGACAUAUACACGCUAGAAAUUUUGCCGGAUGGUUGCUCGAACUCCAUCCUAACUCGUCUUGCACACUGCACAACAUGGCCCGAUAAGGCGGUCCCAAGCAGUGGUCGCAUGGUGCUUCGAUUGUUGAAGUGGAUGCAGUCACUAGAUGCGCCGGCUCCCGUUGCUGUGAUAAGUGGUGCUGGUGUUGGUCGGGCAGGUACUUACAUAGCAAUAGAUCAAGUUUGUACUCGGCUGUUCAAAGGAUUUGACGUAUCGGUAAAAGAAAUGGCAAUUGAAAUCCGUAAACAACGUGCGCAUGCUAUUUCGAAUGAAUUGCAGUACUUUUUCGUCUACUCAACAGUACUCGACUAUAUUAGGGCAAAAAUUCCAAAAUACCACAGUGUAGUGGCGAAAUUCUAUAACGAGCUGAGUCAGGCAAUAUAA